GUAUGGCAGCUACGUGAGCAACAUUGAGGUACAUGGAGAGGCGGGAGAUGGUGGGGACAGUCCAAGACCAGAGGAACCAGCAGAACCAUGAUGUACAGCCUCAGAUUGUUUCAAAUGGGCCUCCAAAACACAGCUACUGCAUGGACGUCUGGCUCUUCAUCAUUUUCCACAUGCUAUUGUUUUUAUUCGUUUACCUUUUGCCCAGGUGAGAAUCCCAAAUGCAGCUGAAGUGAUGAGUUUGCUGAUAUCUA